AUGCUGCCUCCCUGCGGAUGCUGCCGGCGAGCCUGGCGGUCCGCUGUACUACAAGGAAGUGCUGACUCGAUUCUACCUCGAAUUCUUCUACCCCCACGACUCGGAACGCGAAUUGAGAUCACCCGAGAGCAGCUGAGCCUGCCUCUGGCCUCGCCUCCCUCUCCUUCAGGCAUUCGUGGCAUCCUAUGGGUCGUCCAGAGUAUCGAACUCUGGCUUGUCAGCCGGUCACUUGAUGACACCAUGAAGUACAGCGAUCGCCAUCUCGCUGGCCUCUCCGCAGCCCCCCCCGACCGCGUCGAACUCAUCGGCGCGGGCUCUCUCGGCUACGGGACCGGCCCCUGA